GUUAAAAUCUGGAAUGUUGUGUUUUUGAAGUUUUCCACGGCCGUAGCCGGAUUGUGGGAACAAGUCUUCGCACAUAACUGUUAACUAUAACUAUAACUGCUAGUGGUAACUACAAAUGGACGCCUUGCACAGACACCGCUCACUUUAUAAAGGAACGACUCCGCCAUGGAAAGAAACUUACCGCAAGCGCUGUGUAGACAGACUGAAGAACAGCCGGUCGAGGCUGUUGGAGAGAUACCGUCAGAUGGGAGAGAGCCAGCAGCUUAGGGGCUCCGGGGCCUCCAUCAUCGUCCAGGAGGUGAUGGAGGAGGAGUGGACCGCCCUGCAGUCAGAGGACCGGAGACUGCCCUCCCUGUGGGGGCCAGAGGGCAUGGCAGAGAUGUUCAGUGUCAUGAAAGAAUAUGAUGAACUGGCAGUCCUCGAAGAAAUCCAACAGGAGCUCAUGUCUCAAGAAAUGUCUAUUAUUGAUGAGUAUGAGAAGAACCUGGAGUUUGAACAGCAGUACAUAACAUCUGUGGUGGAAGGGAUGGAAGAAACGCAUAUUAUAUGCCCCAUAUGUCACACGAACAACUUGAAUAUCAACAGCUAUUUCAUCUCCUGCCCCUGUGGACUGUAUAUCAACACUAAGAAACAGAACAUUACCCCCGACGUCCUGUGCCGUCUUCUGGAGUCCAGGUUGUCAGAGCACACGGAGGACUGUCUCCACAACCCUGUUUUCUCAGUAGUUCCAAACACAGACAGCUCUGCAAACCUGAUGCUAAGCUGCAAGGUUUGCGACUACUGGUCCAUCGUCCUGUGACAUCGUCCUCUCUUGAGUGAUUGAUUUGUGAGAUUUUGAGUUUUCUUGUGCUCUGUAUAUUUUGUGAAAUAAAGGCUAUUUUUU